AUGCUGCGCUUUUUCCGAGGUGGCAGGGUGAUGGCGGGCCUUGUCACGCGCAGUCUGCAGCGCUCCUCGGUAAACCCCGCGCUAGGCCGGAUCAAGUGGGUCCCGUACGUAUUCUUUAGCUGCAAUGACGCCGGCGGCGAUGUGAAACUCGGAUCUUCACUCAACCUUCAAGACAACCCGCACACGCCGCCGUCGCAGUCGUCCCCUUCUAACAACGGACCAGAGCCCUUCCUGUCUCCGCCGAGUCAUGGGUGCCACUUUUGCGCUGUCAACCAACUUCGAACCUUUUGCAAACCAAGGAAUGCCAGCGAACCGGCGUGUCAAAACUCCCAGUGGCAUUUAGAGAACGACGAACCCACCAAAGCACCACUAUAA